AUGACUAACCCGCCUGACGACAAAAUCCUAGCCAGGCUAAAAAACUGGAACUGUGAAUGGCUAAGUAGGCCAAAUAUUGCCAUGUCUGAGAUGGCGUCCACCCUGAAGGAUAACUGGGACCAGAUCUCGCGCUUCAAGGGCACAGUCUUCACAACGUCCUUCGUCAACCAGCUAGAAGGCUUUUACCCGCCAAUUAUGCCAGCCCUGAGGAGACUUGACAAUAAAGAUCGAUAUUGUCAUGACGCCCCCGACAAGGACGACAUCCUGGAUGUAAUCGAAGCCGUCCACAAAGACGAGAAAACAGAAGCCCUGUUCAUGGAAGCGUUUACCGCGUGCGGGCCUGUCCUCAUGAUGGCGAUUCACAUCAUCGCCUUCAAUUGCCUUCUCCAUAAUCUGGAGGCACUGGCCGAACAGUCUGUGAAAAACGUCGCAACAAACGCGUUGCGCACGAACCCCACAAAACAAAACGUGAAUCAGUACCUGAUUGAUUCAAUCUUGCAGAAGCGCCGAACGGUGCAGAGGAGUACUGAGAACUUAUGGGACAGGUCCUUGUAUAGCGCUGGAACAGACAGCCCAGCUAAGCAGAAGGAACAGCCUCGACGCCGACGUCUCGACACUCACGACGAGGACGACGCUACUCCCGGAACAUCGGGCUCCUCCACUACAUUAAGGAGACGUCUUUGCAGUCUCCCGGACUUAGCAAAGCCCCCAACAUCUCCAGAGACCACGCGAGGCAAACGCGUACCCAAACAGACGAGAAAACGUCCCUCAUUGAGCCCUGUCAGAGAACACGACGACGAAGACGAGGCCACCCAAUUAUACACCCGCGCAUUGCCGGAAAGACGAGCGCGCACAGCUGCCAAACGCAGGGCAGCAGUCAAACUGCCCACAACGUUCGACGACGAAGAGGAGGAAGUACAGCAACGGCCUCCUCAGAAGAAUAAGAGACCUCUGGAAGGCCCACCAACCGCCAAGAACAGACGCACCAGAGACGUUCAGGAGACCAGAUCAUCGGAUUCAGAUGACCAGGACCAGCAGCCUAUCCGGAAAACAACUGCAGACCCCAAAUCAGCACACCCAAAACAUCGUAAGAGGCCGCCCACAGUCGUGUCGAGUGAGUCAGAUCUGGACGACGACCAGCUGGGGAUCACCCCCAGAACACCGCCUGAAAGCCCCUUCUACAGGGGCCACAGGAACAAGGGCACUGCAGCCAAGACCACCAAAACUACGGAGCCUUCUACGAGCAAACGGAACACCGCAGAUGGAACAACCACAUUGAAAGAACAGCCGCGUAAUCCCAAGCGGGCAGAAACCACGGUUGAGCCACCAACGAAAAAGAAGAAGACCAAGAAACCGCGCGGCGGGUUGGAAGACCUUGUUCAAGAGCAGGACAAAUUGUACGCGGACUUAAACAAGAUGGCCCGCAAGUCAAAGUGA